AUGGAGAAGUUCUAUACAAGGUUAGAUCCGAUGACACAGGCAGUGGCAAAUAAUGAAGCUGGUGGAUGCUUCAUGGAGAAGACAUAUGCUCGAGUCAGUCAGUUACUUGAUAUAUUAACUACUCAUAAUCAAGCAUGGCAUUCGGGUUGUACUGAUAGUGUAGCGUAUGGGACUCUAUUAAUCAGCAAUAUUGUGAAAAAGAACCAAAAGACACAACAAACUCUGGCCCAGCAUGCAAUUAAUAUUACUUUGCUGACGAAGAGGCUAGAUGAAAAAGAAACUAAGAGAGUGAAUGCAGUUGAACAUGUGCAGACUAUGCCGAAAGGGAUGUACCAAGUUCCUAAGGGUCCAUAUCAAGAGGGACCUCCUAUGCAGUAUGAAUAUGCUAAUCAUCAAGGAGGUUCUAAGUUGGAGAGCAUGCUUGAGAAGGUGCUAGCCAACCAAGAGAAGUCCGAAAAAACUUUGAAGGGGUUGACUGAAACUGUGGGCUCUCACACUGCUUCCAUCCAAAAGCUUGAGUCACAGAUGAAAGAUAUUUUGAGAGAGCAAUACCCUCAUCAAAAGGGAGGCCUCCCGAUUGUGGGUGCAAAAGUAGCUGAAAAUGGGCCUACAGAAGAAGCAAAUACACAGGUUCCAUUUAAAGUUCCAAGUGAGAUUGAGAAAGUGCAAGAUGAAAUUCCGAAUGUGCUUGAAGUUGAUCCUAUGCCAGAUGUUCCAAAGGCUCAAGAUGUGAGCAGUGACAAGGAAAAAGGUAAGACGCUAGUGAAGAAAAUUGAGGAUGCUAAGUGUCAGCAUUUCUAUAAUCAACUGAAGCAACUAUGGAUGAAUAUUUCAUUUCUUGAUGCCUUCCAAGAGAUGUCGGGUUUUGUGAAAGUUCAGAAGAAGGAGGAUCCAGAGGCUUUUACUAUUCCAUGCACUAUUGGCCAUCAUGAUUUUGCUCGUGCUCUCUGUGAUAAUGGGACGAGCAUUAACCUAAUGUCUCUUACUAUUUACAACAAAUUGGAGUUGGUAAUGCCUAGGCCUACUAGCAUGCGACUGCAGAUGGCUAAUAGAUCCGUAAAGGGGCCAGUUGGGGUGGUUGAUUACGUUUUUGUUUGA